AUGAACAGAGAAGCUGCCAGUGGGUGCAUAAGAUGGAAUAAGCAAGCCUUUGUUAUUCAGACCAUUGUUUUCUUCAGUUCAGUCAGUCUCGCUUCUUCUCCGUCUUCAGUCAGUCUCGCUUCUUCUCCGUCUUCAGUCAGUCUCGCUUCUUCUCCGUCUUCAGUCAGUCGCUUCUUCUCCGUCUUCAAGUCAGUCUCUUCUUCUCCGUCUUCAGUCAGUCUCCUUCUUCUUCUUCUCCGUCUUCAGUCAGUCUCGCUUCUUCUCCGUCUUCAGUCAGUCUCGCUUCUUCUCCGUCUUCAGUCAGUCUCGCUUCUUCUCCGUCUUCAGUCAGUCUCGCUUCUUCUCCGUCUUCAGUCAGUCUCGCUUCUUCUCCGUCUUCAGUCAGUCUCGCUUCUUCUCCGUCUUCAGUCAGUCUUCUUCCUUCUUCUCCGUCUUUCAGUCAGCUUCUUCCUCGUCUUCUUCUCCGUCUUCAGUCAGUCUCGCUUCUUCUCCGUCUUCAGUCAGUCUUCUUCUUCUCCGUCUUCAGUCAGCUUCUUCUCCGUCUUCAGUCCUUCUUCUCCGUCUUCAGUCAGUCUCGCUUCUUCUCCGUCUUCAGUCAGUCUCGCUUCUUCUCCGUCUUCAGUCAGUCUCGCUUCUUCUCCGUCUUCAGUCAGUCUCGCUUCUUCUCCGUCUUCAGUCAGUCUUCAGUCUUCUUCUCCGUCUUCAGUCAGUCAGUCUCGCUUCUUCUCCGUCUUCAGUCAGUCUCGCUUCUUCUCCGUCUUCAGUCAGUCUCGCUUCUUCUCCGUCUUCAGUCUUCUUCUCGUCUUCUUUCUUCUCCGUCUUCAGUCAGUCUCGCUUCUUCUCCGUCUUCAGUCAGUCUCGCUUCUUCUUCAGUUCAGUCAUUCUCGCUUAUUUGUCUUCUUCUUCAGUUCAGUCAUUCUCGCUUAUUUGUCUUCUUCUUCAGUUCAGUCAUUCUUACUUCUUAUUUUUUAUGUUUUUUAG